AUGGAUGAAAUUGUAGAAAUCGUCCGCCAGGUCGGUAGACAACAGGGCGAAAAUGCUUACUACCGUUCUCGUUACGGCCUACUCAAACGGCUACAGGAGCUGAUCGAGGAGGCAUCGGAAGAAUUGCUCCGGCACCAGCAAACACGUGCAUUGGAUUUGCCAAGUCAGAGCUCUGUUCAUGCCUACAGAAUCCUCCGGGAACUGCAGGAGUCGAAGUUUGAUUUGAUUGACCAGGCCUGUGAUGCUCAAUCAUCCUGUGAGGAGUUUUGCCCGGUUGGUGACCGGUUUUCUGCCUGCCAUGUCGUCCCGCGCCGUGAUUCUAAACCGGUUGACCAUUCGCUCGUGGAGCCGUUGAACUUGCACGGGGCUGAGCAUCCAGAACUGCCUUUCUAG